AUGGAGUUAGAGCUUAUGGGCAAAACGGUAAAUCUGCCCCAGAAAAACGAAGACCACUUCAGUAAAAAACACGUACUCCGUGCGGCACUCUAUUUAUUGCCUCCAGCAAAUGAUGACGAAAGACAAGAGUCUUUUAUAGACGAUAGAUUGCAAAAAUUGCUACUUCUCGCUCAGGACAGUAACUCCAUAACAACAUCUGAUAUCGAAGAUACUUUAAAUCUUAAUGCUGACAAUCGCAAGCACCAUGAAAAUAUAAUCAAUUGUAUAAUCAAGAUACUACAAAAUGGUGUGCUCGAUGAAUGCCGUGAGGAAAUACCCACCGAUUAUGGCAAUCUAAAUCUCCGUGCGAAACUCUAUCUAUUGUUUCGACCAAAUGAUCCUGACAUAGACGAUAGAUUGCGAAAAUUGCUGCUUCUCGCCCGGAACAGUAACUCCAUAACAAUACCUGAUAUCGAAGAUACUUUAAAUCUUAAUGCUAGCAAUCGCAUGUACCAUGAAGAGAUAAUCAAAUGCAUAAUCAAACUACUACAAAAUGGUGUGCACAAUGAAAGCAUUAAACAGUUACUAAAAAUGGCCGUCGUUAAUGACAAUCUAAAUGUUACCGUGAUGUUGCUUAAACCCAAAUUGAAGACAUACGAGAACGGAUUGAAUGAGAUAACUGUGGAGGAUGCAAAAACAUAUCUUCCAAAACUAUUGGAGAAAUGCUGCAGCCGUGGCCAUGAUAGCAUCUUGAAAUACCUGUUGUCCAUCAUUCCGAAAACGGAGAAAGAUUUCAUCAAUGAGAAUCCACUGCUAUGCUGUGUCUUAAAAGAAAUGAUUCCGAGUAAGCCAGGCUUCCAGAGGUGUUUGAGCCUCCUACUAGAAGAUGAUCGUGUAAUGAUCGAUCGUGCAGAAGAGAGCAGACGCACGCCACUCUACUAUGCAGCAGCCCAACGAAACGAAGACGCACAAAAAACGUUACUUGCAAAAGGAGCCAACCUGGGCACAAUAGAUGUGUUUGGAAUAAUGCUAAUUGAUUAUAUAGAUCCGAUUCUUUUGGAUAAACAUUUGAAUACCUGCGUGACAUCGAAUGACCUAUAUCUGCUUGCUAACGAUUAUAAGCUAAUCAUUGAUUUCAAGAAUUUUAUUCCAACUCAAAUUUCAAAUUCAUCCACAAAUCCGCAUAAUCAAGAAACACCGCACAGUGAAGAAGACGGUCAGAGUUUGAUAAAUGAUACGAAUGUAAAGAAGGAAAUGGAAAAGGAGCUGCCGGAAAUUGAAUUGUCCACAAUCCUAAAGCUGGCCCAAAAGUCAGCCAACCAUUCUGUUCUACAGCAUCCUGUGAUAUCAUGCAUAUUAGCGAUUAAACGAAAGAAUUUAUUUUUGUUUCGAUGGAUGUACUGUUUGUAUUAUCUCAUUCACUACAUUCUACUGAUGGUAGUUUGGAUAUGUUGUAACGAUGCUGCUGAUAAUUGUGUAGAAAACAAACUACUACUUUUAAAUAUUUAUUUGGUUGUUCGUUUUAUCUUGGUGUUGGUGAUGGAUGUGGUUGAAUUAUGUAACGUUAUAUUGAUAUUGCCUUCUGUGUUAUUGUGGAGAAUAAUUCAAUUAUCUCCAAUCUGUUUAUUUAACGAUUGUCUAUCGAAAGAUUCCCAGCUGUAUCUAACGGCAAUAUUGCUUCUAGUAUUAGCAAUCGAAGCCACACGAGUGUUAUUAAAUUUUAAUGUUUUCUCUAUUGCUACCAAUCUUAUCAUGUUUAUGAGAGUGCUUAAGAAUUUUUGUCUAGGAUUGUUUCCAUUUGUGUUCAUCAUCGGUGGUUGUGUGUUGAGCUUCAACAUUUUAUUUGGGCACACUAGUACCAGUGGGUCAGCAUCUCAAAAUGAAUCAAUUGGAAACACUAGCCGAAGAGUUUUCAUCAUGAUGGCCGGAGAGCUUAACACUGAAAAGCUGGAUUUGCAAUCGCCAUUCACGUAUCUGAUCUUUUUAAUGUUCGUUAUCGUUAUUGUGAUUGUAUGGAACAACUUUAUGAACAGUUUGGCAGUAGACGAUACACUGGGUUUGCGAGCGAAAUCCCAGUUUCUUGCAAUCAAACAGGAGGUAAUUUUCAUGCACAGAAUCGAAAACAUUCUCAAGACACUGAAGAGUAUUUUGAGGUGA